CACUGUCCAGCACGCUGGGGCAGAUGGUCGCUCCCUCGAUCAGCGCGUCAGCUGUUCACUGGAGCACACAGGCGGACUUUAGCGCGGCGCACAAAGAGCCCUCGCAUAAACACAGGAGAAAACUUUUCAAAACCUGCGCUUGUUUUACUGGAUUAUUAGUUAAAAGGGCUAAUCGUAGGGCGAAUGUCUUAUUCAAGGUGCAAGACCGGAAAUUAUUCCUCUGUUCCUGGAUGCCAAGUACACUUCAAUGACUAGAGAACAUCAGCCGGCUGUACGGUCCAACCAAACAGCAGGUCUAGUAGAGAAACCCAAGUGGCCUGAAUAUGGCCGACCCGUCCCUCUACGUGACUGAUACACCUGGCCCCGUCUCAACCCUGGGAGACACGUGUGUGUGGGAGAUUAGGCAGGAGUAUGACGUCAUUCCCACGCUGGUCUGCUCCAUAUGUCUGUCAGUGGGUCUGGUCUACUGUUUCUUUGGAUAUCGCUGCUUCAAGAUGGUGAUGUUCCUGUCCGGGUUCAUGCUGGGCUCGGCCGUGGUGUGCCUCCUGUCGCUGGUCCAGAAGGACUCCGUGCCGGACACGGAGCUGGGCCUGGGGACCAAGGCGGGCAUCAGCCUGGGUGUGGGCGUGCUGUGUGGCCUGCUCACCAUGCUGGUGUCCACCCUGGGGCUCUUCCUAACCGGCCUGCAGCUGGGGGGGGUUCUCUCCGGCGCCGCCCUGCUGGCCGUCGCACAGUUCCACCCCUCCCUGUCCCCCUGGUGGGCGCCCCUCGGCGCCCUGCUGGCCACCAGCGUGCUCUGCGCCCUGCUCACGCUGCGCUGGCAGAAGCCCCUCACCGUGGGGUCCACGGCCGUGGUGGGGGCGUCCGCCGUGGCGCUGAGCGUGGACUACCUGGUGGAGGCCUUCCCGCUGGCGGUGCACCUGGGCGACGCCGUGUCGGGGGUGGCCCCGUACCCGCUGUGCUGGAUCAGCGGGGCCCUCAUGGGGAUCGCCCCCGCUCUGAGUCUGGCGGGGGUGCUGGUGCAGUGGAGGGUCACGGCUGUUGGGGUGUCCCACAGCGAGUGGGCUGAGUUUAGGAAGCAGCAGGCCAAGGCCGAGGCCCCGACCAGCGCGCUGCAGUACAGGCGGAGCCACCGGAGGGCCCCCUCUCAGCGCCGCCGCGGGCCGCCGCCCCUGAGGCGCUACGCCGGGGACGUGCUGGCGCCGAGCUACAUCAGGAGUCUGCAGGAGCGCCAGAUGGGCACGGGGUCCUCCAGCAGCAGCAGCACCGUCAGCACCGUCACGUGCACCGUGAUUGACUUGGACUUUGAGACGGGCUCCAUGGCGCCGCUGACCGCCUCCUCGCCGGGGUUCAGGCUUUAGAGAGGACUUCAAACAGUACAGCCCCCCCCUGCACACGGUCUGAUUCAAACCCCUGGUUCCUUCAAAUCUUUAUUUCCAUGGCUUUCAAUUCAUUUUUUACAUUUUAUUUAUUUCAGAAUCAGCAGAAUGACACACAUAACAGCUAAACUAAGUGUAAUUUUAAUACUUAUUUUUACUUGCACAAUACUGGUAAUAUUUCAGUGUUCGCAGUACAUGAUGUCAUGAUUUUUUACAUUUUAAAUGCGAGUAUGGAAGUAUUGAGCUAUUCAAGACAGAACAUCAUGGGAACUGUGUAACAUGAUGGGAUGAAUUACUGAGAAUUAAAAGUUACAUACAGUUUC